AUGUCUGAAAGUCAGAAAAGAAGCGACAUUUGGAACUAUUUUACACUUCAAUCAAAAGAUAGAGCAGAAUGUAACCAUUGCGGUUCAUUAUAUUCGUAUAAGGGAGGAACAACUUCAAAUUUAAAAAAACAUUUGGCUAGCAAACAUCCUACGAUUAUUUUAAAAACAAAUAAAACUUCAUCUCAAGCUAUAUCCUUAUCUGAAGAAGUACCACCAAUUAAUGAAGGAGUACCUUCGACAUUUCUUUCUUUACCAUCAACAUCUAGUUCCGUUCAAGUAGAACCUAAUUUAUUAAAACGACCGAGACUUCAAGCAUCUCUAACUACUUUUAUUUCUAGGCCAAUAUCACUUUCAAAGCAAUAA